GCAUCUACCGCCGGGGCAUCUACCGCCGGGGCAUCUACCACCGGAGCAGCUACCGCCGGAGCAACUCCUACUGGAACAGCGACCACUGCAGCUCCUACAACAGGUGCCGGUAGUUCAACGUCCGCAGCCUCUAGCCAAGCUCCUACAACCCCAGCCCCUGUAACUGCUGUAACCACGGCGGCACCAGGUCCAAUGCCAGAUAUCAAACAAUUACUUAUGGAUCUAGUGGAUCAAAUAAACCUUUUCCGAAGACUCCACCAAUCCUCAGAUGUUUCACCUUCUGAAGAGCUUGACAAGGAGGCCGGUGCUUGGGCACAACAGCUUGCAGCUGAAGGAGCUGAAAAGAUAGAUCCCAGUUCCAAAUAUGGGCAAUUGGUGUGCAGCCACCACGCCGGAAGCGAUCUCCCUAAGGCAUGCGCAGUCAAGUGGUACAGCGCUAUCAAGUUUUUUGACUGGGCCGAUCCCAAGUUGACAGUGAAGUCCUCUCCGUUUACUCAGAUGGUUUGGAAAAACAGCACACGCGUAGGAGUUGGCAUAGCUCAAGGAGGUGGAGGUGCCAAGAGACGGAAUAUCGGGGGAAAAUAUUUCAUCGCUGCAUUUUUUGACCCUGCACAGAGUGAUGAAGGCAAUAUCAAGGAAAACGUCCUCCCUGCAGCAGGAAUCUCACUACCUGCUCCGGAGGCUUCCUGUCCAGAAGGUUACUUUAAGCUGCCUAUGGGCAGCAGUCGAUCGUGUUUUUCUGUCCACAACACUACUGUAAGUUGGGAUGACGCACUUCUUGGUUGCGCACUAGACAAUGGAACGCUAGCCUCGAUUGACAGCAGAGAGGAAGCUGACUUAAUUGUGGGCUUGCUGACAAAAUCCAACGUAACGGAAGCUUGGAUUGGACUGCAUGACCGUUCAACGGAGGGCCGGUACGUGUGGGUUGAUGGAUCACCAAUCCCGUUUUCUGAGUGGCUACCUGGAGAACCUGACGGCAGUGCAGCUGAGAACUGUAUCGUGCAAGCAAAAGGCGAAUUCGGGCCAGGUUGGGCUGACAAGCAUUGCUUUGAUACCAAGGCUUUUGUCUGCGAAGUGUCCUUGCCUGGUUACACAUUCUAUAAAUUGAUUUUCAACCUAACCGAGCAGCAGCCGACCCAGUCCUACCAAAACCCAGUCUACUCUCAGUCUGUCUAUCCUGCAAGCUACUACUCUAUGUGUACACCUGUUAUCCAGAGUGUAAAUGAUCUGCUCAGAGAGACGAUUACUCGUUAUUUCCAAGCAAAGAAUAUUACGGUCCAGCCGAUAGUGAACACAAUCAGGUGCCUGCCAAAUGGUGUAUCACAUGUUGAGGUUAUUUUGAGGCUUGGUCCAGAGGCUAGUUCUGAUUCCAUACAGUCGCUACAAAUCAGCAUCAAAGAAAACGACGGAGAACUUGAGCUGUCAAACGGAGCGUCUGCAAAACUUAUCUCUGUCAAGACUCUCAAGCCAGGCUCGUCAUACUGUCCAAAUCAAUGUGUGAGUACUGCUUGCCAAGCAGGCUGUGAUCCCAGCUGCUGCACACCGACGUCUUCGUCGCAUCAAAUGCAAUAUCCAUCACCAGUGGUUUACGGGCAGCCCGAACCCAUCUACCCCAGCCAAAAUCCAUGGCAAUGUCCAGUCGCCUGCACUAGGAACGUCAACUUUUGCCCUCCAUACUGCUCUUCCAACUGCUGCAAUUCCAAAAGGAGAUCACGCGUCAAAAUACACAAAUUCUAAUCUCAAUUUUAGUGUUGUUUGCAUCUUUUCACUAAGGCUAUCUAGUUGAAACUGAAAAAAAGUUUCAUUUUAUUUUAAAAUUGCAUUUAGCAUUGCUUACUGAAUAGUGCCACUGGUUUGAUGUUGAGAGGAACGCGGAGAACUUUCGAACAGUUCAUUUUGUUACGUUGUGCUUAUUUGAAAUGCAACAAAUUGGAAAUUUUUAGCCAUAGAAUCGAUGUAUAUUAAUCAUGAUUUAGUCAUGAUGAAAAUAGGUCGAUGAACUCUGGGUAGAGUCACUUUUUAUUUUAAAGGACAGACGACAGCAAGUUUUACUAUACUAAUCAAUUUUCCUUAAAUCAAUCUAUUUCGGUGGUAGACCAGCGGUGUUCAUUUCCGGACCCGCGCUUGCCCGAACGUGUCCCCGAACGUUGAUCAAUGCUUGUGUUUGUAUAUAUAGAAAAGAAUAAAGAGGACUCUAUUCUCUCAAUCACGUGUCUCUCAUAUAUUUCAGCGUAGUUUCAAUCGUUACUAAUCCCUUCUUAAGUUUUUUAAAGCUGCCAUAAAAAAUUUAGACAUAGAGCCUUAAU